AGUGAUAUAUAUAUAAUAAAUACGAUCGGGACAGAGCUUUUAGAACCAAAAGUCAAGAACGUAUUCAAGUUUGGAUUUUUAUUUCCUUCUUUGCAAAGUGGAGUAAUCUUCACUUCAUGGUCUAGAAAGAUUUUUUCCUGUCUUUGGGAGAAAUAAGAGAGGAAAGUUUUCUUGUAAGAGAGGAGGAAACAUGGCUGGUCGGAGAGAGAAAUCCGGCCAAUCUACACGCGGAUCUCGAAUCGGGGCCGCGAUAGCUUUCGGAGUUCUGAUGGGUUGCGUCUUCGCUUUCCUCUACCCUAAUGGAUUCUUCUCAUCCAAUCCGCCGCAGACCCAGACUCGCAAACUCUCCAAAUUGAAUCUUCAGGGCGACUCUUCCUCGUGUGAAUCUUCUGAGCGGGUAAACAUGUUGAAAUCGGAGAUCAUGAAGUUGUCUGACAGGAAUGGUGAGUUGCAGAAGCAGGUGCGGGGGCUAACUGAAAAGCUACGGCUAGCGGAGCAGCAAAAGGGUAAUGUAGAGCAGCAAAUUGUGGUGUUGGAUAAACCGCAAAAAGCUGGGCCUUUUGGUACUGUCAAGAGUCUGAGAACUAAUCCUCUUGUCAUUCCUGAUGAAUCUGUGAAUCCGAGACUGGCUAAGAUAUUGGCGGAGGUUGCUAUUGGGAAAGAGAUCAUAGUUGCACUGGCUAAUUCAAAUGUGAAGGCCAUGCUGGAGGUCUGGUUUACGAGCAUUAAAAAAGUUGGAAUCCCCAAUUACCUGGUUGUGGCGUUAGACAACACUAUUGUGAACUUUUGCAAGGAAAAUGAGGUGCCUUUCUACAAGAGGGACCCGGAUGAGGCCGUCGAUUCUGUUGGAAAAAGUGGAGGUAACCAUGCUGUGUCUGGAUUGAAGUUCCGAAUCUUGCGAGAGUUUUUGCAGCUUGGGUAUAGUGUCCUCCUUUCAGACGUUGACAUUGUCUAUUUACAGAAUCCCUUUGAUCAUUUAUAUCGGGAUUCGGAUGUGGAGUCCAUGAGUGAUGGCCACAAUAAUAUGACAGCUUAUGGAUACAAUGAUGUCUUUGAUGAACCUGCAAUGGGUUGGGCCCGCUACGCUCAUACAAUGCGGAUAUGGGUUUAUAAUUCCGGUUUCUUUUAUAUAAGGUCAACGAUUCCUUCAAUUGAACUCUUGGAUCGAGUUGCUGACAGGCUUGCUCGGCAGCCAAACUCCUGGGACCAGGCAGUUUUUAACGAAGAACUCUACUACCCAUCACAUCCUGGUUACAUCGGACUUCAUGCUUCUAGGAGAACCAUGGAUAUAUACCUCUUUAUGAAUAGCAAGGUCUUGUUCAAGACUGUGAGAAAAGAUACUAAUCUCAAAAAGCUGAAGCCGGUUAUAGUUCACGUAAAUUACCACCCGGAUAAACUUCCUAGAAUGCAAGCAGUCGUCGAGUUCUACGUUGAUGGGAAGCAAAACGCUCUCGAUUCAUUCCCCGACGGUUCUGAAUGGUAAAAUGAUGGAGCUUUUGCUGAUUUUUCCCAGACAAGUUUUCUUUUAUUUGCCAAUUCUCUCUUCAUAAAGAUAGCUUGCACGAGUGUCUUUCUGUGCUCAUGUGUAUUAUUGACUUUCCCUACAUUAAUCUAUAUUUUGCUUCUAUGUCCAAA